CAAAUGCUUACGGUUUAGCGCGAGCUUUUUUCCUCCGAGCUCUGACAGACUCUCUCUAGGUCUCCCGCCUGUUCACACAAAUCUGCCAGCCAUGGUUCUCGAGGCAACAAUGAUAUGCAUCGAUAACUCAGAAUGGAUGCGAAACGGCGAUUACUUGCCCUCCCGAUUCGAAGCCCAAGCCGACGCCGUUAAUCUCAUCUGUGGUGCCAAAACCCAGUCUAAUCCGGAGAACACAGUUGGGAUUUUGACAAUGGCGGGCAAAGGGGUUCGUGUAUUGGCCACUCCGACCUCUGAUCUCGGAAAGAUUUUGGGUUGCAUGCACGGUCUUGAAAUGGGGGGUGAGAUAAACAUAGUGGCUGCAAUACAGGUUGCGCAGUUGGCUCUGAAGCAUCGCCAAAACAAACAUCAGCAGCAAAGGAUUAUAGUUUUUGCUGGAAGUCCUGUCAAUUAUGACAAGAAAGUGUUGGAGACGAUUGGCAAGAAAUUGAAAAAGAACAGUGUAGCUAUUGAUAUUAUUGAUUUCGGUGAAGAGGAUGAUGGGAAGCCCGAGAAGUUGGAAGCCCUGCUUACUGCUGUUAAUAAUAAUGGCAGCAGUCAUAUAGUUCAUGUUUCUCCUGGUCCAAAUGCUCUCUCUGAUGUGCUUCUCAGUACUCCUGUUUUUACUGGAGAUGGGGAAGGAGGAAGUGACUUUGCAGUGGCAGCAGCAGCUGGUAGUGCUUCUGGCUUUGAUUUUGGCGUAGACCCCAACAUAGAUCCUGAGCUGGCUCUUGCCCUUAGAGUUUCUUUAGAAGAGGAGAGGGCAAGGCAAGAAGCUGCUGCAAGAAGGGCUGCCGAGGAAGCUUCUAGACAAGAAAAAGGAGAGGAACCAUCAUCCAAUGCAGAAGAUGCAACUACAGCAGAACAUGGGAACAUUGCAGAUCCUGAAGAAAACAAGGAUGCCAGUGAUGAGAUGGAUGAUGAGAAUCCUGAGGAGGCUCAAGCUAUGUCCAUCGAUAUCUCUGGAUCUGAUCUCUCUGUGGGUGAUGCUGAGAUGACAUUGGAAAUUACUGAGGAUCGGGAGCUGAUCUUAGCUCUUGAAAUGUCCAUGCAGGAAGGCGAAGAUGAUCAUCAAUCGGCCGCUGAGUCACUUGUAAGCAAGGUGUUGGAGGAUCAGGCCGUUGUGUCAUCUAUCCUUGCAUCAAUUCCAGGAGUUGACCCUGAUGAUCCGUCAGUACAAGAAAUUCUUGCAUCUCUGCGAAGUCAUUUUGAGAAGAAGAAUGAAGAUGAGACACCAAAUGAGGACGAUUGAACAUGCUAUUACACUACCGCUGAAUCUUCUUUGAGGUAAUGGGUUCUUUAUCCCCGAGGAAGGCUUCUAUGUCUAUUGGGAGGACAGUACAAGAAACAGAUACAGGAGCUCUUAGUCAUGGAAAUAGAAGUCUUGAAUUUUGCAUAGAAAAUCACAAGCUUGGAGCAGCUUGAUUAAAUUGCAAUUACUUUGUUAUUACUUCCAAACAUUUUGAGCUAUGUGAUUAAUUGUCUUCAACUCCAUGCUUGAUAUAUGAUUGCUUCUAUGGAAGAGAAAAAACAGGGCAUAGUGAUACUUUGGAUCUCUC